UUUGACAACUUAAAAUUAAUAAAUGUUCUGUGAAUAGUGUUUGAUGUGUUGGAGUUAUUUUUGAAAGCAAUAUUUAACUUUUUUCUAUUGCAAAAUUAAUAUUUCAACUAGUUUGUCAAGUUACAAAUAAUCGACAAUGACUACUUUUGAUUCUAAAUACGAUAUGUUUCCAGCCGGUGAUGUGGGAGUGGUGGAAGGUGAGAUGAACAUUCCAUCUCAUGGCGGUCAAACCGGUGAUAGCAUGGAGUUCAACACGCUCGAUGAACCCAUCAAGGAAACAUUUCUCAGAGAUCUCAGAGCUGUCGGUAACAAAUUUUAUCAUGUCCUCAUACCUAGAGAAAAGACCAGUCUUUUAAAAGAAUGGGAUCUGUGGGGACCGUUACUACUUUGUACAUUCAUGGCCACAAUACUCCAAGGUUCAACGGAAAUUGCUGACAAUUCCAAUGAUGGUGGGCCGGAAUUUGCUGAGGUCUUUGUUCUUGUAUGGAUAGGAGCUGCUGUUGUCACUCUCAAUAGCAAACUGCUUGGGGGCAACAUAUCAUUUUUCCAGUCCGUCUGUGUGUUGGGAUACUGUCUAUGUCCGAUUGCUAUCUCUCUUGUUGUAUGUCGCAUCAUACUUUUCACCACACAGAACUCGUUCCUCUUCUUCCUGCGCCUUGUUAUAUCUAUGAUCGGAUUCGCUUGGGCUACUUUUGCGGCAACAAAAUUCCUCGGUGACAGCCAACCAGAUGGAAAGAAAGGUCUAGCAGUAUUUCCUAUAUGUCUGUUCUAUUUCAUACUGUCCUGGCUGGUCGUGUCGCACAAUAACGUCUAGAUUCUUAAUGAAUAGUUAUAGGAAUUUAGAAUAAUUUGUGAAUAAUUACUAGCUAAGUCAAUAAUUAAGUUUUCUAAACGCUACAUGAUGUAAUCUAUUUAUUUAGUGUUGCUCUAUUUAAAAAAAAUAUAAUAAUAAUAAUAAAUGUCCAAAUGAUUAAUGAAUGUGGACGACAUUUUUGAUUUAUUUUACAUUCCAUAAUAAUGUAUCAAUCUAUUGAUGGUGACUUUUGUACAUACGAUUGAAUAAAAAGAACUGUUUUACGUC